CUUUGCUACAGGAAGUGACGGAAGCUGAAUCGGGUAAGGCCGUCUCUUCCUCUCCACGCGGUGGACGAGCUCGGCAGGCCUGCACCGCUCGUGCUGAACGAUGCCGGGGAAACUCCUUAGUGACGCAGACUUGGUAUCAGACGCGGCCAUGGGAAAAGUGGAGACACCGAGGAAACAAAAUGAGAAGAAAAGUAAAAAAGAGAAGCCAAAAUCUAAUAAGACUGAAGAGGCAGGAGAAGAAAAGGAAGAAGCCAUUUCCCCCAAAGCUAAAAAAAUUAAAAAGAAAGCAGAGCCUUCUGAGGUCGACAUGAAUUCUCCUAAAUCCAAAAAGGCAAAAAAGAUCGAGGAGCCAUCUCAAGAUGAAGUUAAACCCAAAAAGGCCAAAAAGAACGAGGAGCCAUCUCAAGAUGAUGUGAUUUCUCCUAAAAUCAAAAGUGUAAAAAAAACAAAGGAGUCUGUGGAAAAGAAAGUUUCCUCUAAAACCAAAAAAGUAAAAAAAAGUGAGGAGCCUUCUGAAGAAGAAGUGGCUGCUCCUAAACCCAAGAAGAUAAAGAAAGGAAAGGAAAUGAAUGGAGAAAUUGGGGAGAAAAGCCCCAAACUAAAGAAUGGAUUCUCUCAUUCUGGACUUGACUCUAACUCCAACGAAGCUGCCAGUGAAGAAAGUAACAGUGAGUUGGAGCAGGAAAUACCUGUGGAACAAAAAGAAGGCGCUUUCUCUAAUUUCCCCAUAUCUGAAGAAACUAUUAAACUUCUCAAAGCCCGCGGGGUGACCUUCCUGUUUCCUAUACAAGCAAAGACAUUUCACCACGUGUAUAGUGGAAAAGACUUAAUUGCACAGGCGCGGACAGGAACUGGGAAGACUUUCUCCUUUGCCAUCCCUUUGAUUGAGAAGCUGCUGGCGGAACUGCAUGACCGGAAGAGAGGCCGUGCCCCUCAGGUACUGGUUCUUACACCCACUAGAGAAUUGGCAAAUCAAGUAAGCAGAGACUUCAGCGACAUCACAAAAAAGUUGUCAGUGGCUUGUUUUUAUGGUGGAACUCCUUAUGGAGGUCAAAUUGAACGUAUACGGAAUGGGAUUGACAUCCUGGUUGGGACGCCAGGUCGAAUCAAAGACCACCUGCAGAAUGGCAAGCUAGAGCUCACCAAACUUAAGCAUGUUGUCCUGGAUGAAGUGGACCAGAUGUUGGAUAUGGGGUUUGCUGACCAAGUGGAAGAAAUUUUAAGUGUGGCAUACAAGAAAGAUUCAGAAGACAAUCCCCAGACCCUGCUUUUUUCUGCAACUUGCCCUCAUUGGGUAUAUAAUGUUGCUAAGAAAUACAUGAAGCCUACAUAUGAACAGGUGGACCUGAUUGGUAAAAGGACUCAGAAAGCAGCAAUAACUGUGGAGCAUCUGGCUAUCAAGUGCCACUGGACUCAAAGAGCAGCAGUUAUUGGGGAUGUGAUCCGAGUGUACAGUGGAUUUCACGGGCGCACUAUCAUCUUCUGUGAAACCAAGAAAGAAGCCCAGGAGUUGUCUCAGAAUACGUCCAUGAAGCAGGAUGCCCAGUCAUUACAUGGAGACAUCCCACAGAAGCAAAGGGAAAUCACCCUGAAAGGUUUUAGAAAUGGUGAUUUUGGAGUGAUGGUUGCAACCAACGUUGCUGCACGUGGAUUAGACAUCCCUGAGGUUGACCUGGUUAUACAGUGCUCUCCACCAAAGGAUGUGGAGUCCUACAUUCAUCGUUCUGGGCGAACAGGUAGAGCUGGAAGGACUGGGAUUUGCAUCUGCUUUUAUCAGCACAAGGAAGAGUAUCAGUUAGCGCAAGUGGAGCAAAAAGCGGGAAUUAAAUUUAAACGAAUAGGUGUUCCUUCUGCAACAGAGAUAAUAAAAGCUUCCAGCAAAGACGCCAUCAGGUUUUUGGAUUCUGUUCCUCCCACUGCUAUUAAUCACUUUAAGCAGUCAGCCGAGAAACUGAUAGAGGAGAAGGGAGCCGUGGAAGCCCUGGCGGCAGCUCUGGCCCAUAUUUCAGGUGCCACAUCUGUAGACCAGCGCUCCUUGAUCAACUCAGAGGCGGGCUUUGUGACCAUGAUCUUGAAGUGCUCAAUUGAAAUGCCAAACAUUAGUUAUGCUUGGAAAGAACUUAAAGAGCAGCUGGGUGAGGAUAUUGAUUCCAAAGUGAAGGGAAUGGUCUUUCUCAAGGGAAAGGAGGGUGUUUGCUUUGAUGUCCGUACUGAAGCAGUCACAGGAAUACAGGAAAAAUGGCAUGAUUCCCGGCGCUGGCAACUCUCUGUGGCCACGGAGCAGCCGGAGCUGGAAGGACCGCGGGAAGGAUUCCGAAGCUUCAGAGGACAGCGGGAAGGCAAUCGAGGCUUCAGGGGACAGCGGGACGGAAGCAGAAACUUCAGGGGACAGCGGGAUGGAAAUAGAAACUUCAGGGGACAGCGAUCAGGCGGUGGCAACAGAAAUAACAGAUUCCAGAACAAAGGCCAGAAACGGAGUUUCAGUAAAGCGUUUGGUUAGUAAUUGAAGUAGACGAUUUAUAUGGCAAAACAGAACUAUGUUUGGCAACAUGGAACUGAACUUUUUUUUCCCAUGCAAAGUUAAAAGCACAUUGUGUUUCCUUCCUGACCACUUGCCCUGG